AAGCGUCUGAAGCAGGUCAACUCCUCCUCGCCAGUGUGCGCAGAGAUCCGCCUCCUGUGCGCGCUCUUCAGCUGCAGAUGCCGGCUGCUCUCUCACCGACUGCACGCUUUCUCUGCACAAAACCAGCCCGCCUUCACUGACAAUGAAAAACAUCACAUCGCGCUAUAAAGCUUAAUCUCGCUCUCUGAUGACUUUUCUGGAUACCCCUCACUAGUUUUUUGGAGCCAGAAGCAGGCUAUGAUAUUUUCUUGGCAGCUUAACUAACUGGUGACAGGCUGUGCCUGCCAGCAUACUUGCAACAUUAUUUCUCUUUUCGGCGCUCUGUGAGCCUCACAACAUGUAUAAGUUAUGUAUUGUCAUCGCAGUGUGCUGUGCGUAUUUUCCACGGGGCUCUGCAGCGCCAAAGACCUGGGGAGAAGAUCCUAGGUCACAACUUGAGAGCAAUACAGAGGAAAGUGACAGGCUGCAGGAGGAGAUAGAUGGGCAGGAGAGCAUCCUCUCUAAGCUGCUGGGUGAUUAUGACAAAGUGAAAGCCCUCUCGGAAGGCUCUGACUGUCGGUGUAAAUGUGUUGUCAGACCCCUGAGCAGGAGCGCCUGCCGGCGGAUAGAAGAAGGGAGCGCCGCUGUGCAGGACUUCUACACUGUGGAGACCAUCACAUCUGGACCAGAGUGCAAGUGCGCCUGCAUCGCUCCUCCGUCAGCAGUCAACCCCUGCGAGGGAGAGUUCAGGCUGAAAAAACUUAGGGAAGCUGGAAAAGAGAAUGUCAAGCUGUCCACCAUCCUUGAGCUGCUGGAGGGCUCCUUCUAUGGCAUGGACCUACUGAAGCUGCACUCUGUUACCAAUAAGCUCCUGGAUCGCAUGGAACACAUUGAGAAGGUUGUGUCUCUGAACAACACCACUGAUGAGGUGAAACCCCAGGAGAGCCCUCCCAUCAAAGCAGAUGUGACUGAAAGCCCACCCACCACUCCCCCCGACCGGCAUCAGGACAAGAAGGAACUCGGUGAGGUCAGCGGAGCCGCAGUGUAUCGAAACCCAGAGGAAAAGUAUGAGGAGAAGUUUAUUGGGGAAAAUCCAAUCUUCCUGCAAACAGAUGGUUCUACUCAGACCAUUGAGGUCAAACCUGAGGUGACUCCCAAAAACGUGGCUAACAAGGAAGCUUCUCAGGGGUCGAAGACUGGCCCCAACGGAAUGAUCAUCAGAGGAAUGACUUUUUAUAAAUCUGAACCAGAUCCGAUGGUGGCUGAUGACGGGGAGCCUGGAGAGAACUUGUUUGAGUACCAUGGAUUCAGUGGGGAUGGCCCAGUUAACCUCUUCAUUGAGGAAAAUCUUCUACAACACAGAGCCCCUCGACCAAGAUCAGUUCGACCAAAGACAAGAGGUCAAUCGCACGAUUCUAAAAAGACGAUCCCAACAACAACACCGAAAGAAACCGAGCCUGCCUCAGAAACUCAUGAUGAGUUAAUCAGUGCCAAUGGAACCACAUCAGAUGUACAGAGUGACACAUCAGUCAUGUUUGGACCGACCACUACCACACAAAACAACAGGAGCACAGAGACUGCGCCGCUGACUAGUCAAAGAGUCACUGCUGGAACCACUAAAUUGCCAAUCCCUUUGAUGGCUGAACGAGCCGUCACUGACAAGGAAACAACCGAAACUGCAACGAACACACCCCAACCCCCUGAAACUACAGCCACAGCGGAAAUAUUACGAGCUUUCACAACAAGAAAUAUCCCAACCACUGUGAUGGGAACCGCAACCCUGCAGGUGAAAGACCAAACGCAAACCAUACCUGGCAGCACUGCAGCUCUUUCAAGCACACUUGCACCAACCCCAGCCACAGAUGCUUCAACUACCAGCCCGCCUUCCACUGUGACCAUGACAACUUAUGCUGCCCUGACCUCAGCACCUAUACACCCCACAGAAGAUUCCACAACAGCUACCUCCACGCAGGCUGCUAGCACAACACCAGAAGAAGAAACUGAAUCUGCCUUCUUUUCAGGCUCGACUUUGCCUCCUACCACACAGGGAGUGAUCCCCUUGACUCCCCACACUUCUCUGCCUUUCACCACACCUGUACCUGCCUCUUCUUCAACCACCACCACCACUACUACUACCACCACCACUACCAGACAGGCUGCUCAAGUCAAACGAAAAUACAAAAUCAGUUGGGAGGAGGAAGAGGGAGAGAAGAAACACAGAGAGUUAGAUGAGCCAAUGCAAAGGCAGGAGGAAUUUACUUCUAGAAAACCCGGGGAGUGUAAGGACACUUUGGCAACAAUCUCAGAGCCAGUAACUCACAACACCUAUGGCAGGAAUGAAGGAGCAUGGAUGAAGGACCCGAAGUCUGGGUCUGACAAAAUUUAUGUCACAAAUUUCUAUUAUGGGAAUAACCUCCUGGAGUUCCGGAGCCUGGAGGUUUUCAAAGCAGGCCGUUUUACCAACUCAUACAAGCUUCCUUACAACUGGAUUGGCACAGGCCAUGUGGUCUACGAUGGGGCUUUCUACUACAACCGUGCCUUCUCCCGAGACAUCAUCAAGUAUGACCUGCGUCAGCGUCAUGUGGCCGCCUGGACCAUGCUGCAUGAUGCUCUAGUGGAGGAGACAUCGUCACCUUGGGAGUGGCGCAGCCACUCUGACGUCAACUUUGCCGUAGACGAGAGUGGCCUGUGGAUCAUCUACCCGGCAAUGGAUGAUGAGGGCUUCCUACAAGAAGUGAUUGUUAUGAGUCAGCUCAACCCCUCAGACCUCAGCAUGCAGAGGGAGACCACCUGGAGAACCGGGCUCAAGAGAAACCACUACGGAAACUGCUUCAUCGUGUGCGGCGUCUUGUACGCUGUUGACAGCUACAACCAAAAGGACGCCAACUUGGAAUACGCCUUCGACACGCACACAAACACUCAGAUGAUUCCCAGAAUGCCCUUCACCAACAACUACACCUACACCACGCAGAUUGACUACAAUCCCAAAGAGGGUGUUUUGUAUGCGUGGGACAACGGACACCAAGUCACAUAUAACAUUAAGUUUGCCUAUGUAGACCCUUAGCAGGGGUUUGACAGUAGUUAUUUUAAAAAAGGUAAUUCUAUGCUUUGAAUGGAUUGUAGAUCAGUCCACAUGGCCUUUGGUAUGGAGACAAAUGGGGGCCAAAUGUACAAAUGUACUUCAGUAUAUUGAGACUAAAUUGUUUUGUGCUUAGCAAGAUUUAUUUUUUUUCCUUUUUACCUGAAAUGAAACAAUGAGCCUGAUUCCUCAGUCAACACGUCAAGUUGUACUGUAUAUAUUGUAAUACUGUAAAAAACAACCCUAUGAGAUAAAUGAAUGUGGAAAUAAUAAGUUCAUGACUUGGAUCAAAAUACUCUUUUAACAACUCACAUAAAAGAACCAGUUCAUGGAAGCAUACUCUUUGAACAUAUUAUGUGGACAAAUUACAUAUUUCUGUUUUAUAGACAUUAUUUUGUAUUCAAUUUUUCUUUGCAUCAUAUGCCACAGGUCCUCUGCAUGGUAAUAUUGCUGGUAUUGCUGUUGACCUUUGUCUUGUGAAAGCACUUACUCCAUAUGAGACUGUUCUGAGGAGACUACAAUAAAGUUCAGAAACACUUACAGAAAA